GUAGGAUAACAUGUUGAGCUCUUCCUCUUUUUUCUCUUGUUGCACUCUGUCUCUGCCCCAGGGAGGACAAGAUGAAACAAAAGUGUGUUGGAGAAGUGGGAGUGAAUGGGUGGUGGAAAGAAGAGGUAGAGAAGAGAAGAAUGUGUGUCAGUGAGUCAGGAAGAGCUGAAUGAGGAUUACGCAGGACAGUACCAGUAGAGAAGACACAACAAAAUAAGGCGGCAAACAUUUCAUUCAUUUAUCCAGAGACAGAGACAGAGAAAGAUGAAGAGUUUGGCCAAACUUCAGGGAAACACAGAGCAACUGCUGAUGUCUUUAUCAAACACUCUCCCAUCCUUGGCCCUGGAUAAUCAGCACUCGAUUCAAGAACAUACUGAAAGGAGUCUUUUGCUGGAAGACAAACAGGGUUGUUCAAAGAAGAGUACAGAAUUGGAAAAUGCAGAACAAAGCUGGAGCUCAAGACCCAAACACAUACCUGAGGGCAAAGAGUCAUACACAUUGACAGGGCUCAGCGAUGUCUCUUUGCCUCCUGAUACACCUUCAUCCUCCGUCUCCACUGAUGACCUCUCUCCAAUCUCACCCUGCAACCAUCAGCCUCUUUUCACUAGAAAACAAUCUACCACACCACAGCGCUCCGUCAAGGCCCUCAAGAGAUGGUUGAGCAGCCCAGUUCGAAAGCUUAGUCUGGGCAGAGGUGGUAAGGGUCAGAGCUCAAAGGUCAUUCAGAGCCCAGAAGGGUCAGCCCCUAUGUUUCUCCAUCUCUCAUCUACUCAAAGCCCACUGAGCCCAGCGGAGUCCAAAAAACUGCCCCGCUCCUACAGAUCUCUGGACUGUGCUGAACUUUCAGGGCCAGCAUCUCCUGACAGUCCCUAUUACCCAAGAUACCUAAAUGAUCUCCUGCAGAGGUAUCACUCUUGCCAUGUGCAUUCUGGGGAGAGAGAUCCCGACUUGAGUGACGAGACACAUGUACAGUCGCAGAGCAUAGAGGAUGAUGAGCAGGAGAGAAGAACUGCUUUAGAGAAAAGCAUAUAUGUGCUGUCAGAGCUGAUAGAAACAGAGAAGCUGUAUGUGGACGAUCUGGGGCUUGUAGUGGAGGGUUAUAUGGCUACAAUGAAAAGUGCUGGGGUGCCAGAGUAUUUGGUGGGAAAGGAUAAAAUUGUGUUUGGGAACAUUCAUCAGAUAUAUGACUGGCACAAAGACUAUUUUCUUGGGGGGUUGGAGAAAUGUGUGUGUGAACCUGACCUGCUGGCACAACUGUUCAUCAAACAUGAGAGGAGGCUCAACAUGUAUGUGGUUUACUGUCAGAACAAGCCAAAGUCAGAGCACAUCGUCUCAGAGUACAUUGAAACCUAUUUUGAGGAACUGAGACAACAGCUGGGUCACAGACUGCAGCUAAAUGACCUGCUCAUCAAACCUGUUCAGAGAAUCAUGAAAUAUCAGCUUCUGCUAAAGGACUUCUUGAAGUACUACACUAAAGCAGGCAGACAAACAGAAGAUCUUGAGAGGGCAGUAGAGGUGAUGUGUUUUGUUCCAAAGCGAUGUAAUGACAUGAUGAAUGUUGGAAGACUACAGGGUUUUGAGGGUCAACUUAGAGCACAAGGAAAACUCUUGCAACAGGACACCUUCACAUACACUGAGAAUGAGAACAGCAUCCUCUCCCGUCCCAAAGAGAGACGGGUGUUCCUCUUCGAGCAACUUGUCAUUCUCAGUGAGCCAAUCGACCGCAAGAAAGGAUUUUCCCUGCCAGGAUACAUCUAUAAAAACAGCAUCAAGAUUAGUUGUUUGGGAAUUGAGGAUCAUUGCCCAGAUGACCCAUGUCGGAUGGUGUUGACAUCUCGUAAUAUUGAUGGAAGCAUGCAACGAUUCAUUCUUCGUGCAUCAUCUCCAGAAAUCAUAAUGACCUGGGCAAAUGACAUCAUACAGAUGCUGGAGACACAGCGCAACUUCUUAAACGCCCUGCAGUCUCCUAUUGAAUUCCAGAGGAAAGGAAUUAAAUCUCUCAGCCUGGGAGAGAACUUGACAACUUCACCCUUACUGAACUCUGGGCUGCAACCUUUUUGCUCUGCCUCCAUAGACCGUCACGGUCUGCCCUGUCUGCGCUCCUGCAGUUCUUCACAACCUUCUAUGCCUCAUUGAAAGGUUAGAGUUUGCUGAAUUGUUGAGUUGACAUCAGAAUUUGUUCAUUAAACAUAGAGUCCACCUUUUGUGGAGAACUGACAUUUCAUUUAAAAAACGUUUGAUUUCGCUCCAUUCCUAUAAUUUUCAGCUCUCUGAAAGUCCUGUGAAAGCAGUUUCUCAUCUUCAUCUUCCCUCAACUCAUACAAUGGCCCAUCCGUUACCCUCAAGAGAACAUUAUAAGAAGAUAAAGGAAGACUUUGGCCAUUUUUUAGUUAAUUUCAAUAUAAUUCACACAAACAAACUGUAAACCUAUCACAAGCUUCAAUCUUUGACAAUGUUAACAAUUUUGAGUAUUUUAUACCUACUAGGUUACAUUUUCUACCAUAACAAAAAUUUUAUGUAUUUGACUAUAUAUGCUAAACUUUGUGUCACUGACAGGAUAUAAUUCAUGAAGUCAAUAUGAUCAUAAAAAUUAUAUUUGUAGCUACUGCUAAUUUUAUAUUACUGAAUGCAGAGGCUGAAUUUAGGCAUUUGACUUGGCAGAUUCUGUAAAUAUCAGGUAUGUGCACUUGAACCUUUUUGUAAAUGGACACAAUUUCAAGCUAGCCAAUGUGUUACUAUUUCUUAUUUCAAUGUAGAUUUAUCCAUUAGCAGUUUAUAGUCAAUGACCGUAAGGAUUUUCAUAUUAAAAGAUGUCCAUUUAAAGAUUCUAAAAGAUCGUCUAUAGAUUUACACAGCUCUUCAGGAACACAGAAGACAUGGCACAAAAUGUUAUCACCAAAGCCUUUAUCUCAUUCCAUUCAACAACAAAUUAUUUUUUUCUUACAUUUACAAAAAAAAAAAAAAAAAAAUCCCCCUUUAUAUUUAAGGGACAUUUGCAAACUACAUUUUGUUCUUUUAAAAUAUGAUCAAUAGGCAGCCAUACUUUUUGGG